AUGGAAUUUUCCUUUAAAGAUCCAAUAACAACUGCUGAUGAAAUUUUCGCUUCACAACAGUUAUUCGAAAUCUUAAAAACACUCAAAGAUAGUUACUUUAAUGAACUACACACUUAUAAAAGUCUCGAUUUUCUCGAUGAAUAUGAUGAAGUCACGGACAAAGAAGACAGCGCUGAUGAAGAAGAAAGUGUUGAUGAUUAUGAUGAAAAUCAAUACCUGGAUGUUGAGAAUAAUUUUUACAUUAGAAGAGAUGGAAAAUAUAGUGGAAUGGGUUGA